GGGAGUGUAAACUGUAGGAGGGCGAAGGAAGCGAGGCGCGACACAGCUCCUGGAGAGGAGGACAGACCUGAGCGUUAGGCACAGAGAGGCUCUCCCGGCCUAGAGGAGGGAGCACGGCGCAGAGAGGAGGGGCUUGCGGCCCCGUAGAAAUGUCAAUCAGAGCCCGGAGCCCAGGGAAUCUCGGCCAAUCUGUUCGGACCUGACCUGACUCCUCGCCGCCGCCGCCGCCGCCGCCGCCGCCGCGGAGCAGAUCAAUAGGCGAACGCGAAGCGCAGCGCAGCGCGGGAGGCAACGCGGCCCGGGCUCGGCCCAGCCCCCGAUGCGCUCCGGAGCCAACGUGCGGCACUGAGCACGGCGGCCCCGGGGGCCGGGCCCCCACUCCGUAGGUGCCCCGUGGGCCACCAUGUCCUUCCCCCAGCUCGGAUACCAGUACAUCCGCCCGCUCUACCCACCCGAGCGCCCGGGAGCCGCAGGCGGCAGCGGCGGCAGCGCGGGAGGCCGGAGCGGUCCCGGCGCCGGAGCCUCGGAGCUUGCCGCCUCGGGGUCCCUAUCCAACGUGCUUUCGUCCGUGUACGGGGCACCCUACGCCGCGGCCGCAGCUGCAGCUGCCGCCGCCCAGAGUUACGGCGCCUUCUUGCCCUACGCUACGGAGCUGCCCAUCUUCCCACAGCUGGGCGCUCAGUAUGAGUUGAAGGACAGCCCUGGGGUCCAGCAUCCGGCCACGGCCGCCGCAUUCCCGCACCCGCACCCCGCCUUCUACCCCUAUGGCCAGUACCAGUUCGGGGACCCGUCCCGUCCCAAGAACGCCACCCGGGAAAGCACAAGCACGCUCAAGGCCUGGCUCAACGAACACCGCAAGAACCCGUACCCCACCAAGGGCGAGAAGAUCAUGCUGGCCAUCAUCACCAAGAUGACCCUCACCCAGGUGUCCACCUGGUUCGCCAACGCGCGCCGGCGCCUCAAGAAAGAGAACAAGAUGACGUGGGCGCCCCGUAGUCGCACCGACGAGGAGGGCAAUGCUUAUGGGAGCGAGCGGGAGGAGGAGGACGAAGAAGAAGAUGAGGAAGAGGGCAAACGAGAGCUGGAGAUGGAGGAGGAGGAGCUCGCUGGGGAGGAGGACACGGGGGGCGAGGGCCUGGCGGACGACGAGGAAGAUGAGGAGAUCGAUUUGGAAAACUUAGACAGCGCCGCAGCCGGGCCGGAACUGACCCUGGCUGGGGCAACGCACAGGAACGGGGACUUCGGCCUAGGACCCAUUUCGGACUGCAAAAAUAGCGACUCAGACGAUAGCUCCGAAGGCUUGGAGGAGCGACCACUGUCGGUCCUGAGCCUGGCCCCAGCGCCACCGCCUGUGGCCAGGGCUCCUCCAUCUCCGCCCUCUCCACCCUCGGGCCUGGACCCCUGUGCUCCCGCACCAGCGCCCUCCUCCACCCUGCAGAAGCCCAAGAUCUGGUCACUGGCCGAAACGGCCACCAGCCCGGAUAACCCACGUCGCUCGCCUCCCAGAACCGGAGGUUCUCCUCCCGGGGCAGCCGUCGCGCCUCCGACGCUGCAGCUCUCGCCCGCGGCUGCCGCUGCAGCAGCAGCGGCACACAGACUCGUCUCGGCGCCGCUUGGCAAAUUCCCCGCUUGGACCAACCGGCCUUUCCCAGGCCCGCCGCCCGGCCCGCGGCCGCACCCGUUGUCCAUGUUGGGCUCGGCCCCACAGCACCUGCUGGGACUUCCCGGAGCCGCUGGUCACCCGGCGGCUGCCGCCGCCGCCUACGCUCGGCCCACGGAGCCGGAGAGUGGAACAGAUCGCUGUAGUGCCUUGGAAAUGGAGAAAAAGUUGCUCAAGACAGCUUUCCAGCCGGUGCCAAGGCGGCCCCAGAACCACUUGGAUGCUGCUCUGGUCUUAUCAGCUCUCUCCUCAUCUUAAUUCUUUGAACAAUUUUUAAAUCGUUGUACUAAUUGUAAAAAAAAUCGCUCUGUAUAGUUAUGACUUGCAAGCAUGUCUGUGUAUGAAUACCUAAAAAAGAAACACUAAACCAACCAACAAACACACACACACACACAAAAAAAAAAAAAGAACGAAAGAAAGAAUAAAGCCGGUUCCCCUUGGCCCUCCCCAGGUCGCUUCUGUACUGCCCCACAUUAGAUUGUGAGGUUCGUUUGUUCUGUUGAUUUCGGGGGUGGGCGGGGUGGAGUUGCAGAGAGGAUAAGCGUGUCUGACUCUUUUUGUAUAUACAGAGAAAUGUACAUACGUGUGAACCAAAUUGUACAAGAAAGUAUCUAUUUUUGGCUAAAUAAAUGAGCUGUUGCCACUUUUGACUAUAA